UUGUUUGUUUAUUUUAGAGUUAAAAUAUGCAUUGCCUUUAUUCAAUUUUAAACAAUUUAUCAGAUUUGAUUUUAUUUAGUUAAAGUUCUUGAGAAGAUGUUGAAAUCAGUAACACAACUCCCUGCAAUCAUAGAAUCAGAUAAUACAACAAGUAUAGAAGUCAUAUCAUUAGAUCAAAAAUCGUCAAUAGCAUUUUGCAAAAUAUGUUAUUCUGGAGGAAGUUGUGAACAAUUAAUACACCCUUGUUUUUGUAAAGGAUCGGUUGGUAACGUACACCUAACAUGUUUAGAAAGAUGGAUCAAUGAAUGCGGUGUCGAUCGGUGUGAGCUAUGUCUUUUUCAAUUCACAUCUGAUCAAACACGUCGAUACACAGUUUGGCAAUCCUUAAUGAUUUGGACAAGGAACCCAGUCCAUCGAAGCUUACUUAUAUCAGAUUCUAUAGUAAUGAUUGUCCUAACGGUUGUGAUGGCUUGUCUAAUUACAUCUGUAGUAAUGGGCAUGACUGUGUUUAGUACUUCAAAGACAGAAAGAUAUCUUGCUACUGGUUUAGCUUUUAGACAAAUUGCUUUAUCAUUUAGAGUUUCUAAAACAGCAGUUUCUUCAAUAGUUAUUGAAGUUUGUAGAGCAAUUUGGAAGAUUUUGAAAGAAAGACAUAUGCCCACACCAACGAUUGCUGAUUUUGAAAAUAUUGCACAAGAGUUUUAUGAAAAUUGGAAUUUUUCAAAUUGUAUUGGUAGUAUUGACGGCAAACAUAUUCGGAUAAAAUGUUCAAAAAACUCCGGUACAGCAAAGUUUAGAAUUUUGCAGAAGUCAAUAGAGACAAAGGUGGAAAAUGCUGACCACGUUGUUAAAGCAAUAUGGAUACUGCACAAUGUAAUUAUCGAUUUGCAAAAAAUUAAUGUUACAGAAAAUUAUAAUAUACACUCAGAUGUAUCAUACCUAUCCGGUGAUUUAACAGUAAGUGUAAAAAAUAACAUAACAUCCAGAGCAGCAGAAAAUGUAAGAAAUAACCUAAAUAAAAGAUGUAUUAAAUCUGUUACACCCGUCUUGCUCCAUGACAAAUCACCACCAAAACAAACACAGGGAAAACAAAAUAAUUUGACGGUUAAAUUGAAUAAAGUCAGUAAUGGUCUUCCUAGUGAUUUUAUUUCAAUUUUUUUUUCGAACGACAAGGACGUAAAUUUUACUUAA